GCGCGCUUCGUCCAUUUUUAUUACACACACACCCUGUCCACCGCCACCCGACUGUGCAAAAAGGUGACACUGCAAGUCCAUUUCCGUGUUUUAAAAAUCCCGAAAAUUGCUACUUUCAUAAUCGGUGACAACAGUAAUUUUUGAGUUAGGUCUACUCUCGGAGGUUCACAAUGCAGGCAAUUAAAUGUGUUGUUGUUGGUGAUGGGGCUGUUGGUAAGACAUGUCUUCUCAUCAGCUAUACAACCAAUGCUUUCCCUGGAGAAUACAUCCCAACAGUUUUUGAUAACUACUCGGCCAAUGUGAUGGUCGACGGGAAACCAGUUAACUUAGGAUUAUGGGAUACGGCGGGACAAGAAGACUACGAUCGACUCAGGCCGCUUUCAUAUCCACAGACAGACGUCUUCCUCAUCUGUUUCUCGCUCUUGAGUCCAGCCUCCUUUGAGAAUGUUCGUGCCAAGUGGAAUCCAGAGGUGACUCAUCACUGCCCAAACACACCCAUUAUCCUGGUUGGAACUAAGCUAGAUCUUCGAGAUGAUAAGGAGGCUACUGAGAAACUCAAAGAGAAAAGACUGGCCCCAAUAACCUACACCCAGGGACUACAAAUGUGUAAAGAAAUCAACGCUGUCAAGUUCCUUGAAUGUUCUGCAUUGACGCAGAAGGGUCUCAAGACGGUAUUUGAUGAGGCGAUUAGAGCCGUCUUAUGCCCUCCCAAACAAGCCAAGAAGAGGAAAGGGGCUUGCACUACACUAUAAUUGCUCAACCAUUGUGCCAUGUUUUAGAGUUUGGGCUGGCUUACAAGGAAGAUUUCGCAGGCAGGAGCACUUUAUAUUGUGUCAUCAAGGGUUUUAUAAUUAAGGAAAUUUGAACACAUAUUUUGCCUCGUGCAGACAUAACUAAAAGCAUCUUUUUCAAAAUGUACAGAAAGCAAAAGUCCACAAUUAAUAUGAAAUGUUACUACCCCCAUUCAGUUUGACUGGUCUGGAAUAUUUGAGUUGGAUAUUUGAUUGCAAAAACUAAAAUAAACAGUUUAUCAGACCACAAGUCCUGUCUUACAUUUUCAGGUAGCAUUCAUUGGUUGCACAAUGGAGCUCUCAACCAUUUUCAGGUAGCAUUCAUUGGUUGCACAAUGGAGCUCUCAACCAUUUUCAGGUAGCAUUCAUUGGUUGCACAAUGGAGCUCUCAAGCAUUUUGUGUAACCUGUGAGAUUACACUUUCGGAGUUUUUCCUCUCUGGUUUUAAAUAUAACUUGACUAACUAACAUAUCAAAGAGUAUUGAGCAAGGAACGUUUCUUUUAAACAUUCUGGUUCAGUUAAUCAGUGAGUGGUUACACUGUUUGAGAGAUAGCCAGCUACUGGCCUUUUUUUUCUACGAAGCAGAUAAUUGCACUUAUCUCGUUAGCUGGAAAGAAUGCUCUGAUAAUUAAAUGUGCUUUCAGUUCAAUCCUUUAUCAUGAUGUCAUCAUGGUACUGUUCCCUGUAUCACAACUGCUGAUUCUCAUUGUACUAAAAAAAGGGCCUGACUAUUUACCUGAGUUAUCUCAUUUUAGUUACAUUGAGUUGAAUGGGAAAAAACAAGAUGGCGUCACCAUGGUAACCGUUUCAAGCAUUCCUCUUUUUAAUACUCUAAAACAACUUCUUUGUUAUUUGUGAAAUAAAUUCUGCUGUUGUUGUAGGAUACACCCCAAACCAACAAUGUCACUAAGUGAGUCACCCAAGACAUCCAAUUGAAGCGUUAUAUGUGAACCCUAGAGGAAGACUAAAAGGCGCGGUCACACAGGCCUCGAUAACGUGAAGGAAAAUGAGAACGUUAAAAAUGCACGCCCUCGAUUGGUUGAAUGAGCAUGGGCGUAUUCUGGGUGGAGCAAUUCAAGCAAUAGAAUGUGUUCUCUUUGCGUCGUUAUCAAUAUCGUUUUCAUUAUCGCUGCAGUGUGACCCGGCUUUAAGGGUUCAUGACUGAGCAUAGUUAUCAACAGUUUUCAAAGUUGUGCAUAAACUGAAACGUUCUGCACAAAGUAACUUUUUUUCUUCUGACCUCAAACACAUAAGAAAACAUUUUUAUACUCCAUAGCUUACCCUGUUAGCCGUACACUUGCUUGAAUUCCUGCACUGUACACUAGUCAUGUACGGUAAUAGGACAAACACAUUGUAGCUUCUUGUCAAAUGACUUUUGUAUAUUUUGCAGAACAUCGCUGAUAAAUAGUUGGGUCAUAUUUCUUUUAGGUGGUAUAGUUUGUACACCAGAUGGUUGACUCUUCUGGUGUUGUUUAACUGUAAAUGUACUAUUGUGAAAUGAUACUAAGUAAUUCAUAUCCAUUUAAAUGUUCUCAUCAAAAGUCUAAAUUGCUUUAUAAUAGUUAGUGAGUUCAGUUCCUACUUAGUUGAACCUGAUAUGAAACCCAAAUAGUGACAGUUUAUAAAGCCCUUAUUGGAAGCUGAGGCCAUGGUUGAAUUGGCGGCUACGGCUAGAACUGUUGCUAAGGGUGUUGCUAAGGACAUCCUAUUCAGGGCAUUAUGACUUUAGCCAUAGCCGUAGUCACCAAUUCUGACAUGGCCUGACUACUCUUAUUCCUUAUUGUUCUUUAUAUGAAGACAUUCCUAAUAAUGGUCACAUCGCUACUUUGUCAUUUUCUUCCGCCACCUGCAAUUUCUUCCUUUAAAAAAAGUUUCUAAAAAAAUCAAAAUAUUUUCCUAACUGUGGGGCAACCUCUCUUCCUUCACAAAAAAAAUUAAGUACAACAUUUAAUCAAAAAUACAUAGAAUAAAAUAUGUUAAAAAUGCUAAAAAUGCAGGAAAAUAUUUCAAAAAAAUCUUUUUAAAUACAAUUUUGGUUGUGAAGAUUGUGACUUAUUGUUUGUAAUUUCUGUUAUAGUUAAGAUACAUUGGAAAGGAACUGAAAAUAUCCACUCCAUCAUCUAAAAAUCUUUUGUAAAAAAAUCUGCUUUUUUAGAAGGAAAUUUGUGAACACUAAAACAUAGAAUUGUAACCAAGAUGUUCAUCACAAUUUGUGAUAAUAUUCUUCUUUGAAAUUUGCUGCUUUCAUUUUCAAAGACGGUCAAAAGAAAUUGAUAAGCCUUUCUCUUUAGAGAGAUGGUCAAUGGUUGAAUAGUAAACCUUUCUCUUUAGAGAGAUGGUCAAUGGUUGAAUAAUUGAAGAGAAUCUUGGGUAUUAUAAGUAGUUUCCACUUGACGCCAAACAGUGUAUAGUUGGCCAUCUUUAUUGGCAAAUCAAUCAUUUUGUUAACGAACCCCUAUGAGUUUUGUGUUAGUAUUGGGUACGGCAUGCCAGAGUUUUACCAAAUUCUAUGCAUGAUUGGUCGGUGAACCCACUUGCCUGCAUAGAAUAGUUGGAACUCUUGACGCAGCUCAAAGCCAAAACCAAAGUGGCGGGUAAAGAUGGCGUCUAUUGAAAAACUUAGCCGCUUUGCUAAAACACAUUAUCUACUAAGCAAAAACAGACAGGGAACCAGUGCUUAACAAUAUAUCUCACAUGUUAUAUUGUCUGUUAACCUGAUUCUGCUAAGCAUUGUUUAUCAGUGCUUAGCAACUUUCAUUGCGUCACAGCUUUAAUGGAAAUAUAAGUUGGUAAAAUGGUGUCUAAAAUAUGUAGUUUUUCUAUUUUUUAAAUAAGUUUAUUGGGCUUACGUUAACAUAAAUUUUGGUCUGUUAUCUCUGAACCAAUUGAGUGAUUUUAAGAGGUCAGUCAACCAUGUAUUGUUUGAUAUAUCAUGCGUUAUAUUUAUGAUAGUUGCUUAGCAAGCUUUGUAUCCAUAGCUACACAAUGAAUAAAUACAAAUCUUAUCUGUAAAUAUUACGCUUUACUUAAAAAUCGACAGAAACUUUUACUGUCUCUGUGGCAAAUUGGUCUGCAUGAUUUAAAGGGGAAGUUAUGGGACAUAUAUACAAGGUUUUAAUGUCGGAUAUUCAUAGAGCAAAGGUCAUUCAGUACAACUGUUUUUUAUUUUAUAAGACAGGAGAACAAGACUAAUAAGUUGCUUAACAUUCUCAGUUGUGCUUAGCAACAAAAAUAAUACUUAAACUUGGUAUUCACUGAUUUAUUUACGAUUGGUUUGUUGCUGUUGUUUGCUCGGCUCGUAGAUUUGUUUGGUGAUAUUUUGUACUGGGAGGCUCUUUGUCAAAGUUCCUCAUCUUACAAACUUGUUAAGCGUAGAAAUAUCUUGCAAAGCAGAAUGAGGUUACCAGCCAAAUUAACAUGAGUGUUGCAAUAUUUGUGACCGGUUCACUGUUGGGCCAGCUCAAGAGAUGUCAAGCAGUAUUUUGCUAAUGUAUGUCUUGGCUUGUUUGAUAUUUAUGUCUUAACUGCACCAGCUAACAAAGUUAUUAAUGUAACAGGCUCAGUGACCAGAAUUGACCUUUGACACAACACUUAAACGAAUAAUGAAUAUACAAUGAGAUGAAAUGAUGUAAAUGUGUCCGAUAGCUUGGAUGUAGGGUGAAUGGGAUUUCCUGAGUGAGUAGUUUAUGCCAGUGCUUACACACAAAGCACUCUGUAAAAUAAUAUCACCAUUAAAAGAUAUUGUUUGGAAUUGAUUAAGCCACUUGUUACACUAGAGUAGUUUAUUAUGCGGAGUGAAUUCCAGUGUUGGAUUUGGAUGGAUUUUUGUUAUCCUGAUCAAAAUUUUGAUUUAGCCUGCGUUGCAUUCGCAAAAUUUGAGCCAUUUACAUGAAAUGUAAAUUGUGAGAUGAAAUGACGCCUGACAUGGUUUAUUUAAUCCACAAAUUAAACUUAAUUUAAUAACUUCACAAUUUGUUUUCUUCUAAUUUUAAUAUUUAGAGUGGAAAAUGCUUGUUACUGUCAAAUUUAAAUGUGAUGUAAAAGGUAUUUUCUUAGACAGCAUUUUGUCAAAUAAAUGUUGGCUGUGGAAAUGGCUUUCCUUUCCAGAGAAUUAUUCCGUUUUUUAUUUUUAUUUUGCUAUUUUUUUUUGAAGUACAAAUGUUACUCAUAAAGGAGAUGACUUUUGUACACUUUUGUAAUAAAAAUCUGAAUUCCUUUCUCAAAAUUUAGACAAAUUUAAAAUGACUAAAAACAUGACAAAUAAAAAGUUUAAGAAAUUAUUUCUUGAAACCAACUCCUAUAAUCUACAAGAGGAGAAUAUUGUACUAUUGGUUGUUUGGUAUCAAUGUCUUCUCCUAUACUGGGCCCAAUUCACACAGGUGUCUAAGCACAACAAAAUUAUGCUUACCAAAAUAAGGUUACCAGCUAAAAUACCACCUCACAUGUACCAUCUGUGGCUGGUAUCAUGCUUCAUUUUACUUAGCAUUAAAUCUUUAAGCAGAAGCAUCUCUAUGAAAUUGGGCCCAUGUGAUACACAAGACAAACAUUUUCAAGGACUUUGUUUUCAAAAAACACAGAGGUUUUGGCGCCUGGUAAUUUUGUUCUGCUUGGUUCUCAAAAUAUGUAAAAAAAAAACUCAAAACAUAAAUAAUGAUGUACAAACUCGUUAAAUCUGUGGUCCUCAUAAAUUUGAAAAGUUGCGCGACAUCACAGCAAGCUUUAUUUGCCCUAAAUUUUGAAAUAAGGAGAGCAUGUAAAUUUACAAUUCAUAAACCAUUUUUGUAGUUUUCUUGAGUAAAUGAAACGUCUACUAACCUUGUAAUUGUAGAGUAGAUGAUUAAAUAAUGAAUACAAUUUAGUCCACAGGGCAUGUAAGUACCUUUUAUUACUGUUUAGAGCUCAGGCUCAAAUAUUAGAAAUCAAUGAGCUAAUUUUGUUUAAAUCGUCGAUGCUUUAUUAUAACAGCUGGAUACUAAAAUACAAUGUAAUUUGGGAAACACUUAAAGCACCAUUUGUUAAAGUGAAAGAUCCUAUAUUGAGUUAUUUAAUAAUAAAAAAUAAUAAAAUGUUGA